UCACAUUAGAGCCCAUGUUAGUAGGGUUUUGCCAAACUAGAUCCUAGAACCUUCUCUUCAGAUCUAGAACCACGGCUUCUUCUAUUGUUAAAACCCUAAUAUUUCUCAGAAUCUUAUUUGCAGUAAAACCCUAAUCUUCGAACUCCAACACAAUGGCAAAGCGUUUGAUUCCAACCUUCAACCGCAUCCUCGUCGAGAAAAUCGUCCCUCCUUCCAAAACCUCCGCCGGAAUUCUCCUCCCGGAGAAAACCUCCCAGCUUAAUUCGGGAAAGGUUGUUGCUGUUGGACCUGGAUCCAGAGACAGAUCGGGAAAUUUGAUUCCGCUGUCUGUCAAGGAAGGUGACCACGUUCUCUUGCCGGAGUACGGUGGCUCUCAAAUUAAGCUUGAUGACAAAGAGUUCCAUUUGUUUAGGGACGAGGACAUUUUGGGUAUUCUGCAUGAUUGAUUGAGUAGGGUUUGUGUUCUUCAGGAAAUGUUAGUUUUGGUUAAACUUUCAAAUAACUUAAAUCUGAUAUCCAGUGUAAUUUGGUUCAAACAUUUGAGAGGAUUAUCUAUGUUGUAUCCUGAAAACGGCAAUGAUGAUAGUGUUUUUUUA